GAUGGAUAUGCCGCAAAUCGCUCUUGAAAGAAAAAUAAAAAUGGUUCAUUGAAAUAUGCGGGUAUACGCUCGGGACCAAGGGCGUGUUUCUAACACAUCGUUGUUAAACUUUGGAAUACGUAAACGUUGCUCCAACCAGUUAAAAAUAAUUAUUAUUUUCAUCAAAUUCAUCAUCAGGAUUUAUUCAAUUGGAGAUUGGAGAGGUAAAACAGUGGCAGAUUUUCGGUGAUUGUGCGCGGGUGGCUAUUAGAAAUUUUCGGGAAAUUUUUUUUUUCUCCAUUUCACAAAUCGUUCAUAAAAGUGCUAUUAUCCGAACCUCUUCCCCAACUGCCGCUUUUCUCGUCUUCACACUGGUAUAGAAUUGAAGAGAAAUAAUUGUUUAAACUCCAAUAAAGCACAGCUUAUCGUGAUUAUGGAGAAGUGAAUCUUCAUCUUCCUUACCUGUUCAUCUGAUAACAACUUAUCAAGGCAAUCAUUGGGGAUACAGACUGCUACAGACGAUAGAACAGAACAGAAUGGAGCAUGACGAUAACUUUGACAUAGCUGAGGAAGUCACUCGAGGUCUUGCCAUGAGAUCAAACGAAUCCAUGUAUGUCACUCACAACAACUUUGAUGGAUCAAGUGCCAUGGUUGGCAGCUACUCUUACAACGGAUACGUGACAAACGGUUCUUAUUUCAAUUACCUGGCUCAGCCGGUGGUCGACGAUACGUAUGCAUCGUCGAUAAUAUCGCCAAAUUCUGCUCAGGGCGACCAUCCGUCAUCGUACACCUCAUCGACCAGGAAACGGAGCAUGGUCGGGCGGAAGCCGCCGAAGGGUCCGGACGGCAUACGGCGAUACAGCAGUCGGCGGGCGACGUUCGAGCGACGCGACCGCAUUAAUUCGCGAGAGCGCGACCGCAUGCAUCAACUGUGUGACGCAUUCGAGAGGCUUCGUCAGGUGCUACCAUUCAAGCGAUGGAAACAUGGACCCCAUCGUCAAAGGCUUAGUAAGAUCAGCACUUUAGUUCUGGCACAAAAUUAUAUUCGAGCCUUGGAGGUGAUGCUACAAGAAAGUCCGGAUGACACACCGACCUCAAGUACAGCAGAUUUAGAAGCUAAUGGGUUUAUAAUGCCUCAAAGUAACAAUCAAAAUCAAUCCAAUGUCAGUGAAAGUACAUAUUUUCAUGUCAGCCAAACUGGGCAGCUUGAAAAUAAUUUUACCACUCUUCAUCCAUCAUUCAAUACCGAGCAAAUUAACACAAGUUAUCAAUCCGAGUAUUUCAAAACAGAGUCUACAACUCAAUGUCAAUAUUAGUUAGCAAAAGAGACACGAUUGAAAGGGUCAAGAACUGAAAUGUAAAUGUUUUCCCUCCAUGUCUUAUUUGCUUAUUAAUUUAUUUUGGGAAAGUAAGCCUGACCAGAUGUGCCUUUUAGUCACUUCAGUUCAAAGAGUAAGGAAAUAUUCAUGAUAAAAGCAAAAUAUCAUGGAUAAGAGUUAAGAACAAUGUUUUACAAACAUCGUUUCGGUGAUACAAUGCUACAUAUUAUGUUUGUACACUCUUUAUCAUCUACUGAACGUAUCAUCCCAUUUAGAUUAUUGUAAUGCUUUACUUGCUGGUUUACCUCAAUCUAGUAUAGCCCCCCUUCAAACAAUUCAAAAUACUGCAGCUAGAUUGGUAACCCUCACGAAGAAAUUUGAACAUAUUACCCCUAUUCUCUACCCCCUCCAUUGGCUUCAGGUUCAUAAUAUAAUUAUUUUCAAGCUCCUUCUCCUUGUCUAUAAAAUCAUCCAUGGUCUCGCCCCAUCCUACCUUCAAAAUCUUAUCUCUCUCUGUCCCUCAUCCUCUGCAACUCAACGUCUCCGAUCUUCUUUUACUGCUCACCUUCGACUAUCUCUAGGACCCCGCACUUUUACCCGUUAUGGAGAUCGUGCCUUUUCUGCUCUUGCCCCUAAACUCUGGAACAAUCUCCCCAUCUCCAUCCGUAAUGCAUCCACUGUCGAAUCUUUCAAAACACUCCUCAAAUCUUACCUCAUUAAGCAGUCCUCUUAACUCCAUUUCCUGUUCUCUCUCACUGUAUUUUGCUGCUUCUUUUUUCUCUUUCCAAUGUGCUUAGAAACUGUUGUAUUAAGCGCUAUAUAAAUGUUAAUUAUUAUUAUUUUUAUUCAUUCUAGACCGCUGUAAUUUAAAUAUAAGCCAUUUCUGAAAAUCGCACCAACUUAUUUCGAAAUAAAUUGCAUGCAAAGAGCUAAUGGUUAUAAUUAUUUAAGGCUUCGUGAUCAAGGCAAUGUAAUUCUCAGCAAUGGUAAUAUGAGAAUAACAAUGCAAUAUAUUCAAUUGUGCAACACUGGGCCCUGGGAACGAUUUUUCACAGAGGGUGCUGGCUUAAAUUUGACAAGCCCCCCCCCCAAAAAAAAGGCC